AUGGCCAAAGGUAAAAACAAGACGAAAGAAGGAGGGGCGACCAGAUCCAAUAACUCCAGAGGUUCGAAUGGGCAUCAUUCAAAGCAAAACCAUAAAUCUGCUGAGUUUAAGCACAACCAGACUCAUACAACUAACAAGUUUCCAACUAAGCUAGCAAUGUGGGAUUUUGACCAUUGUGAUCCAAAGCGUUGCAGUGGUAAGAAACUAGAACGUUUAGGACUAAUCACAUCUCUUCGUGUUGGUCAGAAGUUUCAAGGUAUUGUUGUUUCCCCUAAUGGGAAAGGUGUUGUAUGCCCAGAUGAUCUACCAAUUGUUGAGGAGUUUGGAGCUUCUGUUGUCGAAUGUUCGUGGGCUCGUUUAGAUGAAGUUCCGUUUAAUAAAAUUGGUGGGAAACAUGAGAGAUUGUUGCCCUAUUUAGUUGCAGCAAACCAAGUCAAUUAUGGUAGACCUUGGAGAUUGAACUGUGUAGAGGCUCUGGCGGCAUGUUUUGCCAUUGUUGGAAGAAUGGAUUGGGCAUCUCAAUUACUAAGUAAUUUUUCUUGGGGGUUGGCAUUCCUAGAUAUUAAUGCUGAAUUACUAGAGAUAUAUCAAAAGUGUACAGAUGCCGAUUCUGUGAAAAGGGCAGAAGAAGAAUGGCUAGAAAAGAUUGAACAAGAAUCUCAGGAUCGUAAGAAGCAAUCCCAGGAGACUGAUUUGUGGCUAAUGGGGAACAUUAACAAGAUGAACAAGCUUGAUAUAGACGAUAGCGAAGAUGAAGAAGACUCCUCAUCAGAAGAAGAUUAUACCGAAAGUACUGAUAACGUUAGAUAUGAUGCAUUGGGAAAUCUUAUAGAAGAAGAAGAAGAAGAAGAAGAAGAAGUGAAAUAUGAUUCUUUAGGAAAUGCCAUUGAGGAAAAAGAAGAAGAAGAAGAAGAAGAGGAAAAGGAAGUGAAAUAUGAUUCUCUGGGGAACAUAAUAGAAUAG